AUGUCACCUGGGAGUCUCCACCUGGAAAGCGAGAUGCCAGUCAACAGCACUGCCGUGUCCUUGGCCAACGCUACCUACAUCACUGUGGAGAUUCUCAUUGGGCUCUGUGCCAUAGUGGGCAACGUGCUGGUCAUCUGGGUGGUCAAACUGAACCCCAGCCUGCAGAACACCACCUUCUAUUUCAUUGUCUCCCUAGCCCUGGCUGACAUUGCUGUCGGGGUGCUGGUCAUGCCUUUGGCCAUUGUCAUCAGCCUGGGUGUCACAAUCCACUUUUAUAGCUGUCUUCUCAUGACCUGCCUGCUGCUGAUCUUCACCCAUGCCUCCAUCAUGUCCUUGCUAGCCAUUGCUGUGGACCGAUACCUGCGGGUCAAGCUCACGGUCAGAUACAAGAGGUUCACCACUCAAAGAAGAAUAUGGUUGGCUCUGGGCCUUUGCUGGCUGAUGUCAUUCCUGGUGGGAUUGACUCCCAUGUUUGGCUGGAACAUGAAACUGAACUCAGAGUACCACAAAAAUCUCACCUUCCUUUCCUGCCAAUUCCAUUCCGUCAUGAGGAUGGACUACAUGGUCUACUUCAGCUUCUUCACGUGGAUUUUCAUUCCCCUGGUUGUCAUGUGUACCAUCUACCUUGACAUCUUCUAUGUUAUCCGGAACAAACUCAAUCAGAACUUUUCUAACUCCAAAGAGACAGGUGCAUUUUACGGACGGGAGUUCAAGAUAGCCAAGUCUCUGUUUCUGGUUCUUUUCUUGUUUGCUUUGUCCUGGCUGCCUUUAUCCGUCAUCAAUUGUAUCAUCUACUUUAAUGGUGAAGUACCACAGGUUGUGCUGUACUUGGGCAUCCUGCUGUCCCAUGCUAACUCCAUGAUGAACCCUAUUGUCUAUGCUUAUAAAAUAAAGAAGUUCAAGGAAACCUAUCUCUUGAUCCUCAAAUCCUGUGUGAUCUGCCAGCCCUCUAAUUCCUUGGACUCAAUUACUGAGCAGACUUCUGAGUAA